AUGCGACAAAAGUGGCAACCAUUAAUCGGUGCGACCCACCUAUUACGAACGCGGGCCAAUGCACUGUCCGCCGAGCUGGCAAAGAAGCUCAAACCUCGACCGAUGUACGAGGAUUUGGCGCGAAAGUGUGAAGAAGUUGGUUUCGCUAUUGCUAAGACGCGGCGACUAACCUUGUCAAAAAGGGUUGAGUUGCGCCCCGUGUCAUCGAGCGACGAAGAGGAUAUUCACUGUGAUCCGGCGACCCUGUUUCGUUCUCUGGAGAGCUUUAUGGAUGAGGAUUUACCCCUCCAGGGGGUACCGGUUACUGUCGGCGAGUUUAUUCAUGGGAGAAUGGAAGCGCGUGCAAAGCGUCAUGCUGCAGCCGUGAGAAAUGUACCCUACCUCCACAAUACAAGAGCCCGGAUUUCGUCCCGUGUCUCCGGUAGAAGGACGUAUCCGUCCGUACUCACCUCCACCGCGCCCCCCGUCGACUUCCUGUCAGGGGACCUUCACCACCCCCGCCAGUGCGACCCGCCG